AUGAAUAAACAUAUUAUCAAUACAUGGAAAUUAUAACAAGAAAAUAACUCAAAUAUUUCAUUUUCAAAAUAUAUCAUUUGUAUAUUUAGAUAAGUGCGCAAAUAUAUAUACUUUUUAUUGUUUCAAACGAGGAUCCCAGUCCUACAUGGUCAUGAAAAUUGUCAACUGGAAUAACCAAAACCUUAUUCAACUCACUCAUAAUAGGAUUUUUGAAAUCAUUUUCAGUAAAAAAGUCCAUAAAAUAAUUCAAUGGAAAUUAGAUUUUCGAAUUGGUGAAAGAUUGAGGUUAUGAUCAAAUGAAGCGCCUCCUUCCAUACUCUACUAAUAUAAUUUUAAAUCCUUCUUAAUUUCUACAAUGCUGAAACAUUUUCAUGGUUGCAGGUCAUCUGAAGCCGUUAUGUAUUCAAGAUUUUAUAUGUACUAUUUCAAUUAGUACCUACAUUUGUUCCGUUUUAAAAUUCUUCCUCUCAUUUCGAUUGUGGUUCAAAGAUGAAAACAUUCACGUUCUUAAUAUUCCUUUCAAUCUUCUCCAUUUCAUAUCAAAACAAUUCUUUGAAUAAAAAUGAAAUAGUCUUAUCCAGAAAAAGAAGAUAUUUGGUAUUUCCAGAAGGCAGUUCCUUACAAUUGGUUUAUUGUUUAACCAUGCCAUCUUUGGGAAUGGGACGAAUAUUCACGAUUGGAUCUACAGCCGCUAUGGCUUGGAUGUUGCCCCACGAACCAAUGGUAUUUCUCGAUAAAAAAAAAGGUACCGACGAAAUUCCAUCGAGAUUACCUCACCAGGAAGAUAUUCCAGACUUUUAUUACGAGAAAGAUUAUGGGCCCAACAUAAAUUCUUCAGUUCAUUUACCAGAAGAUCAUGAAACAAUUGAUAAACAAAAAUAUUACAAUUUCGGAAGCUAUCAAAGGGUAGGUAGGCCCCAUGUGUUCUCAAAACCUGCAUACCAAACAUUUGGGCAACAUAUUAUGGAACAGGACCAUUGGCACAUUUACAGAAGAACAAGAAGAAGUUUAUAUGGAAAAUUAGAAAAAGUACUGAGUGCCUUGAGCAAAGAUGGACAAUCAUGCAUACUGAAGAUGAUAUGUGAAGUUAGUCAUAUAGCAGACAGGAAAGGUAGUUUCAUGGAAGAGAUAUUCAAAGUCAUAUUUAGAAUUAAACCUCACAAUAUGAAUAAUGAAGAUAUGUAUGAUACAGCAGCAAACAAGAGUCAUAAUUGCAAUGAAAGAUAUAAAAGUUGUCCUGAAAGUUUCUUUGGAAAAUUUUGAAUGAAAUGAAAGAAAAUAUUCUUAAUACUUCAAACUUAAUGAUAUCUAUUAUUAUGUCAUAAAUUCCAUAUCAGAAAGAAUUCUUUAAAUACAAAAUAAACAAUUAAUAAUUA